AACCCGAGCCAUAGACCUGCAGUUUUAAAGGAAAGGCUGGAACCUGUGAUACCAAAGGAGAGUUACAACAUGGCUAAACCAGAGGAAAUUCCCCACAUAAAUAGGAAAGGCUGCUGAAAAUGGACUCUGACUCCUUGGACGGCUGCAUCCAGAGCGCCCUCUCUGUGCUGUACCCGCCGUUCCGGGCCACUGCCGCCACCGCGCUCUGCCAGGUGUUUGACGUGGUGGAGGGGACGUACCACGGGGACGGGCUCCGCUACCUGUUCGACUUCCUGAUCCCGGCCAAGCACAUCCUCCAGCGCAUUCAGCAGGAUGCAUGCUUUCCUUUCCGCGGCUUCCUGUUCCGCUUUGAAGGCUGGCCCCUGUGCAUUCACGAAAAGAUUAUAAUCCAGCUGUCUACCCUGGACUGGCGUGUGCUGCGGCCUGGAGACUUCUACCUGCAGGUGGCGCCCUCCCGAAAGAAUAACCCCUGCGUGCUGGUCAGGUAUCUGUCUGAAGACGGGCAGGAUGUGGAGGAGCUGGAGGUGCCGAAGAUAGCCCACGCCUCCAUCUUCACCAUGGACUGGCUGGACUCGGUGAAUGGGCGGAGGAGGGGAACCCCGCUGGCGCGCUGCCUUCUUGCCACAGACAAGGACAUAUUCCGGAUGCCCUGGGAGGACGUGGUGCGCCCAGAAUUCAUCAGCAGGCCGAAAAGGGCGGAGCGCACGGCUGGGGUGGGGAAGGUCGAGGGCGAGGGGACAGCUCAAAGUCAGGCACAGGAGAGCCAACCCUCAGGAAGGACCACAAGCUUUUUGGCUAAUAGCAAUGUUUUAACAAACAAAAAGGCCCAGCAAGAUGAGAGCAGUCAUAACCAGGGCAUCAGGAUCCCUGUCCUGGGACAGUCGCGUGGGAACCAACCGCUAGAUGACUCGGACCUGGAGGGCGAGUACGUGGAGCUGGCUGACAUCUCGCUGCCUCGCUUCUUCCCCCAGAAGGGCUCCUUGACCCAGUCCAUUAGCCUGAACUACAGGAACAAAAACAAGGCAAGGACUAACGGCCACACGCAGAACAACAAUGCAAACGCCCCCUUCAAAAGCAGCACUUGCUCUCAGACUAUGAUCUGCACAAAGCUCAUAGAAAACCUGGAGGACUCAUACCACCCUGUCAUCUUAACCCCUACUACCACACAAGUCGCGAGCGGGACCAUUGCUCCAAAUGACUCCAAGGCAAGAUGCUCGGAAGGUACAUCCUCUGAGAAUGCUGUCGUCGUGCCCGCAGCGGAAUCUGUUAUUGAUUCGCACAAUUUGCACAGUAGCACCAACAUUCACCAGACAGAUGGCUCUGCUGUUCCUUUGGAACUGACAAAUGAGGUGAUGAGUUCUGAGAGCAGCCCUGUGGCUGCUGAACAGUGCAGGGAGGGUCUAGCUUUGAAGGAGGUUGUGAAGGCCCAGAGUGGCGAGUCAUUAAGCAGGGCAGAAGUGGCAUGGAAGCAUAGGGAUGUUGGUAGUGAUGUUGGCAAGAAAAGCGACCCUGAGCACCCUGAUGCAAAUCUGCUGACAGAGUACUUGCUGAAAAAGGACAGUAUAGGUGAGGACCAGGGGGACUCAGAUUGUAUUCCCGCCUCUACAACAAACCAAAGCAUUCUGGCUACUUCUCUGCUCUCCCCUACACCGUACCAAGACACUCCCAGAAAUUUACAACCCUCCCCUACAACGCACCUGGACACUUCCAAUAAUUUACACCCCUCCUCUACCCCACACCAAAAUACUCCUGAUUCUUUACACCCCUCCCCUACCCCACUCCAAAACUCUCCUUUUACUUCAUCUGUACUUCAUCAAAACAUUCCCACAACUUCACCCCCUAUGUCACAAAGUGACACAAGCAAUUUUCCACCCCUGCCUCCCACUCUCCACUGUAACCAUCCUGAUAACACUUCACCCUCCUCUCAUCAAAACACUUCGGAAGUUUCUUCUCUAUACCCCUACUCUACUCCCCAUGAGAAACCUCUCAGUUUUUCCUUCUCCCACACACACCCUGAUAUUUUGAUUAUCUCCCCCACUCUGCACCAGAUCUGUGCCAGUACUUCUCUCCCCAUCCCUACUCCAAACCAAAACUCUACCAGUGUGUCACCUCUCUCCCCUACUCUCUACCAGAACACUCCUGAGAUUUUGCCAGCCUCUCCAGUCCCAUGUCAAAAUGAGAUGCCCAUAUUCUCACCCCCACAACAAAAUCUUAAUGAUUGCAUACCCCUCACUGUUGCCCCACACCAGGACUCUCAUGAUGCCUCAGCUUUUUUCUCUAUCCGACAGCAAAAUACUCUUGAGCCAAAACUUCCUGAUUUUACAGUUCUCUGCUCUACCCUAGAGAAAAGCGUACACUCCAAAAACAGUACUGAUAAUGCUACCCUGGCGCCUCCACCAGAUACCCUGUUGGAGGAGGGUAAUAUCCUUUUCAGUUCAGACGAUGUUCUGUUUUCAGGGACAGAAAAAGGGGAAGAUGUUAAAAACAGCAUUAACUUGAGAGAAUUUGAUGCUCCCAGGUUAGUGGGCUCUUCAGGUGAACAGGGGGAGGGCCAUGUGAAUGAGCAGAUGGAGGGCCCAGUGGAUGAGCAGUUAGAGGGUCUGGUGAAUGAAAAGCGAGAAAGCCUGGCAGAAGAGCAUAGUAAGGGACUGGUGGAUGAGAAGAUGGAAGGCCUUAUGGAUGAACAGUUAGAGGCUCUGGUGAAUGAGAAGUGGGAAAGCCUGGUGGAAGAGCAUAGUAGGGGCCUGGUUGAUGAGCAGAAGGAGGGCCUGGUGGAUGAGGAGGGGAAAGGCCCUGUGGAUGAGCAGUUAGGGGGUUUCGUGAAUGAGAAGCAGGAAAGCCUGGAGGAAGAGCAUAGUGAGCUCCUGGUAGAUGAGCAAGAGAAGGGCCUGGUGGAUGAUCAGGAGAAGGGCCUGGUUGAUGAGCAGGAAGUGGACCUGCAGGGCAAGAAUGGUGAGGGCCUGGUGGAUGAACAAGAGGAAGGCCUAGUGUAUGAGCAGGGGGAGGGCCUGGUGAAUGAGGUGGUGGAGCAUCCGGUGUGUGAGAAUGGUGAGGGCCUGGUGUAUAAAAAGGAAAACCAGGUGUGUGAGAAUGAUGAGGGUCUAGUGAAUGAGGAGGUGGAGGGCCUGGUGGGAGAGAAUGGUGAGGACCUAUUGUAUGAUCAGGUAGAGGAUCUGGUGGAUAAGGAGGAGAACCAGGUGUGUGAGAAUGGUGAGGGUCUAGUGAAUGAGGAGGUGGAGGGCCUGGUGGGAGAGAAUGGUGAGGGCCUAUUGUACGAUCAGGUAGAGGGUCUGGUGGAUAAGGAGGAGGGCCUGGUGAAUGAGGAGGUGGAGGGCCUGGUGUGUGAGAAUGGCGAGUGCCUGAUGGAUAAGAAGGAGGACCAGGUGUGUGAGAAUGGUGAGGGUCUAGUGAAUGAGGAGGUGGAGGGCCUGGUGGGAGAGAAUGGAGAGGGCCUAUUGUAUGAUCAGGUAGAGGGUCUGGUGGAUAAGGGGGAGAACCAGGUGUGUGAGAAUGGUGAGGGUCUAGUGAAUGAGGAGGUGGAGGGCCUGGUUGGAGAGAAUAGUGAGGGCCUAUUGUACGAUCAGGUAGAGGGUCUGGUGGAUAAGGAGGAGGGCCUUGUGUGUGAGAAUGGUGAGGGCCUGGUGAAUGAGGAGGUGGAGGGCCUGGUGUAUGAGAAUGGUGAGGGCCUGAUGGAUAAGAAGGAGGACCAGGUGUGUGAGAAUGGUGAGGGCGUGGUGAAUGAGGAGGUGGAGGGCCUGGUGGAUGAGCAGCGGGAGGCUCUGGAGGAUGAGCAGGGGGAGGGUCUGGUGGCUAGGAAUCAGGACCUGGAGUGUGAGAAUGGUGAGGGACAGGUGAAUAAAGAGGUGGAGGGUCUGGAGGGUGAGAAUGGUCAGAGUCUGGUGGAUGAUCAGCAGGAGGGUCUGGAGGAUGAGCAGGGGGAGGGUCUGGUGGAUAAGAAGGAGGACCUGGAGUGUGAGAAUGGUGAUGGCCUGGUGAAUGAGGAGGUGGAGGGCCUGGUGGGUGAGAAUGUUGUGGGCCUUAUGGAUGAGCAGGGGGAGGGUCUGGAGGAUGAGCAGGGGGAGGGCUCGAUCAAUGGUGAGAGCAUGAGGAGGACAUCAAAUGGCACAGAACAACAAAGUGUGCAACAGAAGGUGGAGGAGGGUAGGGAAACUUCAUUACCUGAAGAAGUCAUGGCCAUGGUGGGGACAGCAGAGGAGCCACAGACGUGUCUUUCAGAAAUGUCACCCCUGCCUGAGCGAGCAGCGCCAGCAGCACCUCAGGAGGAGAGCAGCUCAGCCAUUGGAGCAGCCGAGGCUGCGGCAGUUUCAGGCUGCUGGAAGAAGGAAAAAGAGAAGGAAAAGGAGGAAGGGAGCCAACUGCAGGGAGGGACCUUAAUGGAGGAGGGCUCAGAAUCCGGUAAGCCAAUAGCACGGGAGACAGAGUGUGGAGAGGAAAGUGAGAAAGCUCGUAAUAGCAGUGCCCCGGGUGCCAAGACAGGACUAUCACACGGCCCAGCCCCUGUGGGUGGGGCUGAAGCUGCCUUGAGCUGCCUGCACACCCAGCGCACGCAGAUCAGCCCCAGCCAGCCGCAUGACAGCCACGCUGCACCCGCGGCGGCCGUAGGCGAGCGGAGGCAGGAGAAUGGAGCCGUGGGUGAAGACCGGAUGCAGAAGGUGGAGGAGAAGAGGAGUGAGCCUCGGAUAUCUCCCAGCUCUAACACCCCCCUUUUAGGGGAACUUCAAGGCCCAUCCAUGGACUCCCGCCUGAAAGGGCUUGGCCAGGGGGCGGGGGAGAGCCCAGUGCCAGGCCACCAGUCCCUCUCCCCGGGACGGCAGGCUGGCGGGGCCGGCAUUGAGCAGGGUCUUGUGACGGAGAAGCAGCAGGACUCUCUCUGUCUCCUGCCAGCAUCUUCAAAGCCCCAGCCUCUGCUCACUGACCCCAACGGAAUCAACACAGAGGUGCUGGCCUCUGGUGUGCUCUCUCUACCUGGAACAAGAGACAAAUGUGGGCGUGCCCUGGUUACCGUGACUACUAGAAACACAAUUUGGUUAAAUCCAAGCUGCAACACCAGCGAGCUGGUACGGAUUCUGGUCUACUUCUACGCCAUACUCAGGAAGGAGGUCCGCUCCCUGGGUUUUACCAUUUUGGUGGACGGGCGUAGAUGCUCCCCUGUUCCUGCUCUUUUCAAAGCCUUUAGUAUCAUACAGGAUGCUGUGCCAGAAUGUAUUCACACCAUCCUGCUGUUGGCUGACAGGGACCUCACCUUCCAAAUGGAGAAACCUUCCACUAUGCAGUUUGAGAUCCUCACCUCCCUCAAGUCUCUCCAUAAACAUGUGGACAUCAGCCAAUUGCCUACUGAGUUUGAUGGCACCUUCCCCUUUUCCCAUGGCAGCUGGAUUAACUUCAGAAUGAGAGUGGAGCAGUUGACUAAUAGCUGUCAGGAUGCUGUCUCCCUCCUCAAGGGCACCAUCUCCAGCCUGGAGACCACCCCACUGCCCACUACGGCUGAGGAGGCCCACGAGCUGCUGUGCCGGUACCGGACCCUGAUGCGCAGCGUGCUGGAGGACAGCCGGCUGGUGCGUCUGCAGCUGCAGGGAGGGGCCACCCUGUCCCGCCUCCGGAGGGAGGAGUCCAGCAUCAGCCUCACCGAGGACUACAGAGAUGCCAUCGAGACAGUCAGCCAGCUGUACAACCAGGUGGACGAGCUGGUGCACACCUUGGUGAUGCUCUCCAACAGGUGCACCCAGGAGCUGGAGUUUAUCAUGGAGUUCAAAACCCUGGAGGAAGGCUUCACUGAGGUGAGAGGCUGGAUCGAGGAGGUGGGGGAGAGGCGUCUGAAGACCCUCAGUGAGCUGGAGGAUUCCCUGGAGGAGCUCCACCAUAAACAAGCCCACUUCAGAGAUUUCUACUCUGCCGCAUACGAGCACUGUAAGAGCGGAGAGGCCCUGUUGAAGAGGCUGGAGAGGUGGGAGGAUGUGUCUUCGGCCCAGCUGCAGGUGUACGAGGUGAAGGUGCGCUCCUUUUGGGUGCACCUCCAUGACUUCUCCCAGAGAGUGGAGGACACCAAGGACAAAAUCGACAAGACCGUCAAACUCUAUGAGUUUUUUGACAAGGCGUACGAGUGGGCGUUGGAGGGCAUGCGCCACCUGGCGUGUAUCAGCGCCGAGGACUGCAGCACGCCGGAGAGGUGCCAAGCCAUCAUCAAGUGCCUGGAGAGCUACCGCCGGCAGUACCCGGCCAUCCCGGACGCCCGCUUCCAGGAGAUGAAGGAGCUGGCGGGGGAGCUGAAGAGCGAGAAGGGGCUGAAGCAGUGGAAGUUCGCCUGGUCCAAGUGCCAGGAGACCAAGCAGAUGUUCGAGAAGAAGCUGGAAGCCGCGCUGCGGACCCGCCGCUCGCAGCCCGGCGACCUCACGGAGGGGGGUGGAGACAACGUAUCGCUUGGGCGCCAACCGGAGGCCGGCGACUCCAGGCGGAGCAGCAGUGUGUCCUCCCCCUGCAGGAGGGUGUUCUCCCGGGGCUGGGGGAGACAGCGUCCCCCCGACAGCCCCACCACCCACGUCCCGGAGCCCGGCGACUUAAAAAGCCCCACCGCAAACUUUUUUGGCCUGGACCGCAGGGUGUCGCAAGCGUCGCGGUCCCACCGGCUGACCCGGAGCACCUCCACCGAGGAGCCUCCGCUCCCGGUACGGCUGGAGGCCCAGUCCAGGGCGCCGCCCUGCGCCUACAGCCCCGGGACGCCCGCGCCAGAGCCCGGGCGACGGGUGCUGAGGAAGACCCAGAGCUUCGACGUCCCCGUGGACUCGGCCCGGUACGGGUCCUGCCACCGCAACCUGACCGAGCCUUCCAGGCGGGUUCACACGGGCGUUUUCAUCAAGGGCCUGGAGGUGAGCAGCACGGACGUGGUGGAGCGCGGCCUAAGCCCCCGGCUGCCCCCCCAGGGCUGGGCCACAUCGGACAUCCCGAAGAACAGCACCCCAAUUCCAGAGACCAAGGCCAAGGGCAGCAAGCUGCGGCACAUCGUGGACGAGAUGGUCACGACGGAGCGGGAGUACGUGCGCUCGCUGCGCUACAUCAUCAACUACUACUUCCCCGAGAUGGAGCGGCCCGACCUGCCCCAGGACCUGCGGGGCAAGCGCAGCGUCAUCUUCGGGAACCUGGAGAAGCUGGUGGACUUCCACAGCCAGUACUUCCUGAAGGAGCUGGAGAGCUGCUGCAACCACCCCCUCCGCGUCAGCCACUGCUUCCUCCGACACCAAGACCAGUUUGGGCUGUAUGCCUUGUACAGCAAGAACAAGCCAAAGUCUGACACUCUGUUGGCCAGCCAUGGGAACACGUUUUUCAGGAAUAAACAGCUGGAGCUGGAGGAUAAGAUGGACCUGGCGUCCUACCUGCUCAAGCCCAUCCAGCGAAUGAGCAAGUAUGCCCUGCUGCUCAAGGAUCUCAUCAAGGAGGUGAGCGAGGCGCAGGAGCAGGAGCUGGGCUACCUGAGGGCCGCCGCCGAGAUGGUCAAGUUCCAGCUGCGCCACGGCAACGACCUGCUGGCCAUGGACGCCAUCCGGAACUGCGAUGUCAAUCUUAAGGAACAGGGGCAGCUGGUACGGCAGGACGAGUUUACAAUCUGGUACGGGAGGAAGAAGUGCCAGAGACACGUUUUCCUGUUCGAGGACCUGGUGCUCUUCAGCAAGCCUAGAAAAAUUGAGGGAGGGCUCGACGUCUACAUCUACAAGCAUUCAUUUAAGUCUGCCGACGUGGGGAUGACGGAAACCUCGGGCGACAGUGGACUGCGGUUCGAGAUCUGGUUCCGGAGGAGGACCACCAAAAACCAGACAUAUGUGCUGCAGGCGGGAACGGCUGAAAUCAAACAGGCCUGGACCUCCGACAUUGCCAGGAUCCUGUGGCAGCAGGCCACCAGAAACAAAGAAAUUCGAAUGCAGGAGAUGGUAUCCAUGGGAGUGGGUAACAAACCUUUCCUCGACAUAAAACCAAGUGAUGCUGCUAUCAACGACAGGGCCAUUGACUACAUCAUGAAAGGAAGAGGAGCUCGGACACGAGCGUCGAUAGCAGUGUCUCUAUUCGACCACUCCACCCCCUUCAAGGGGGCGCCAGUGAACACGGCAGUCAGCGGGCCCCUGUCCUCGUCCUUGCUAGGGCCCCUCAACCUGCACAUGUACAGCAACCAGGCCCUGCUGCCCAGGGAGCAGCCCUUCGUCAGCCCCUGCAUCGAGGAGGACGAGCUGGAGCAUGAGACCAGCAGCCAGCCCUCCAUGACCACGGAGAGCUCCGAGUCGUCCUCCCACUGCAUGUCGGGCAGCGGCUCCAGCGGCUCGGACAGCGGCUGCGUGUCCAGCCACCUCCCGGAGGACCCCAGCUCCCCCUGCCACCCGCCCUGCUACUCCGCCGUGGCCUCGCCCAUCGAGGAGAAACCCUGCUUCAACAGCCAGUACAUCUCCGCAGUUUAAUAUCCGGCUGCUCUCAAGAAGACAGCGACGCCGCCCCAGAAGAAAGUAUUUAUUUUCCGACACUGUGCCAGCACGUCUCAUCUAAAACGGACACUGAAUGAGUGGGGACAUAGCACUGUUUAAAAAAAAAAAGCCACUUUUUGAGCAUAACUUUUUAUAUUGUUUUAAAAAAAUUGAUUUAAAUAUUCUUGUAUUUAUCUUUUUUUCAAACGCACCAGUGCAGUAGUGCCCUGUACUAUACUGAAAAACUGUAAAUAAUUAUUUUAAUACCUUGCGACGCAGUUAAAAACUGUCCUGUUCUGUUGACCACUUUGCUGCAGACUGCAGUUAAAACAGCAGAAAUAUAUGUACCUUCAAAAGAAAAGGUACUUCCAAAUUGGAGAGAGGGUACAGAAGUACUCUUCCAAGUUUAAAAAGCUGUUUGCUUUUCUUUCCUUUGGUCUUCACACAAUGGCUGUAUUACGUCCUUGCUGAACUGACCCUUGGUCAAAUGUCUAUGACUUCUCUUACUGUGAUGGCAUUAUGCUGUGGUAACGCAGUUCAAUAAUACAGGUAUGUCAGGCUUGUGGCUGUAAAAAUCCAGUUCUGUGUACUCUUAAGGUAAAGCAGGUGGUCUGUGAACAUAACUCUGCUGGUUCUCCAAGGCAGUUAACAGCUGGUCGCCCAUCAUUGGAGCCUUGCACCGCACUGACCAAUCACAGGGAAUCCAGUGGCCUCUUCGGAGGGGAGGAGCCAAGUUUAACUUCGCUGUGUUGUUAACGUUAAAAAAGACAAAAAUGUACAUUGUUUGUAAAUAGUUUGGGACAGCAAUGCUCUGUGGUUCUAGUUUCUUAAAGAAUAGGGAAAAAUGUUUGUGAUAACUUUUGAACAUCUUUGUAUUAACGAGCACAGCAGGGAAUCACUGAAGUGCUAUUCUUAACAUAUAUAAAAAAACAAAAAACAAGAAAAAAAAUUUGUAGCUGGAGCAUGAAUGUUUACCAAGUCUCAAGAUACCUUAAUCCUAACAGGUUCACAUGUAUUUAAUAAAGAUGGAUAGUCCUGUAUCCAAAAUUAAA